AUGGAGGCCGACAAGAUCUCCGACUUCCUGGCCGAUCAGCGGGACCAAGCUUCUGGCGAAGCCCAGGCCCUUUUCCUCAACUUUGAAGACUUUUGGGAGAGGAAGCUAUGGCACCAGCUGACCGAUGCGCUGGUGGAAUUCUUUCGACUGCCUGAGAGUGCCCCUCAGCGGUUACCCAUCUUCAAGUCCUUCAUCCUCAGUUUCGCGGACCGCAUCAACCAGCUCAAGUUUGUGUCGUUGGGCUUGAUGGCAUCGACACAAUGUAGCGUCGACCAAGAACGACUUGCUUUCCUCACAUCACUAGCCGAGCGGGUGGACAAGCCUGAAUCGCAGGAGGCACACGUGUAUGCGGUUGCAGAUGUGGCCGGUGUGAAGCUGCGACUACAAGACUUUGAAGGAGCCCGGAAGGAUCUGGACAAGAGCCAAAAAAUCCUCGAUGGCUUUGACUCGGUGGAAACGAUUGUGCAUGCGUCAUUCUACAAAGUGAACGCAGAGUACUACCAAGCAAAGCAGGAAUUUGCAUCAUACUACAAGAAUGCGCUCCUCUACCUAGCGUGCAUCCCCCUCGAAGACCUCUCACAGGAAGAACGAGCGACGCGCGCGUACGACCUGAGCGUGGCCGCACUGGUAUCCGACUCGAUCUACAACUUUGGCGAACUGCUCCUCCACCCGAUCCUCGACUCCCUCACCGAGACCCCGCACGCCUGGCUGCGCGAUCUCCUGUUCGCCUUCAACCGCGGCGACCUGACCGCGUACGACGUGCUGGCCGGCAACGUUAGCAAGAACAAGCUUCUCGACUCGCACCGCCAGUUCCUGUACAUCAAGAUCUCGCUGGCCGCGCUCACCGAGGCCGUCUUCCGCCGCCCGCCGCACGACCGCACCAUGACUUUUUCCACCAUCUCUACCGAGACCAAGGUAAAACCGGACGAGAUCGAGCAUCUCAUCAUGAAAGCCCUCUCGCUGGGGCUGAUCAAGGGCUCCAUCGACCAGGUCGCCCAGAUUGCCCGCAUCAACUGGGUGCAACCCAAAGUGCUGGAUAUGAAACAGAUCGAGGGUAUGCGGAAUCGCUUGAAGGAGUGGGAUAGCGGCGUCAACCAGUUGGGCCACUGGAUUGAGGGCGUGGGCAGAGACGUGUGGGCUCAAUGA